AUGUUUGGCUCUAUUAUUGAUGUUCUUGAUGCACUUGUUGUUGAUGCAUAUUCUCCAGAUGAAAGUGCUAAGGCAAUAGGAUAUCUUGAAGCUUGUCAAACAUUUAAGAUUGCUUUUAUGUUGCAUUUGAUGAGAGAUAUCUUAGGAAUCAUAGAUGAUCUUAAUAAAUCAUUACAAAAGAAAGAACAGGAUAUUGCAAAUACUAUGCUGCUCGUUGAAGUAGCAAAGAGAAGGUUGCAAUCGUUGAGGGAGGAUGCCUGGGAUGAGCAUAUUGAUAAGGUAUCGACAUUUUGUAUCAGAACUCAUGAUCAUUUUAACGAGGUGACUACUGAUUUGCUUCAUGGAGUUGCUUGUUUGAAUCCAGUUGACUCAUUUUCUAGUUUUAACAUCAAGAAGAUAAUGAGGAUGGCUGAAUUAUAUCCUGACGAUUUUGAUGAAUUUAGUAGGGGUGCUCUUGAGAAUCAGCUUGCGACAUACAUUAUUGAUGUCCGUGAUAUUGAUGAAAGGUUCGCCAAUCUGAAUGGUCUUUGUGAUCUCUCAAGAAAACUAGUUCAAACGAAGAAGAACUUAAACUUUCCUCUUGUAUUCCGCUUAGUGAAAUUUUCUUUGCUUCUACCAGUUGCCACUGCAUCCGUUGAAAGAGCGUUUUCGGCAAUGAAGUUUAUUAAGAAUGACCUGCGGAAUCAGAUGAAUGACGGACUUUUGAGCGACUGCGUAGUUCCUUAUGUAGAAAAAGAUGUAUUUAUUAAUAUUUCUAAUGAUGCUAUUGUAAAAACAUUUCAAGAGAUGAAACCUCGUCGAGUACAGUUGCGAUAA